AUGGAUUUGGACGAAAUGUCGAAAUCAUACUUGGAAAUUAAGUUGGUCGAACCUGUCAUAUUUUUUCGCGGUAAAGCGGAAGAAUCCGUCGGAUGCGUCCUGAGGGGUGAUUUGCUGGUGCAUCUGUCGAAACCCACGAGAAUUCGAAAGUUGGAAAUGAAGUUUUCCGGUGUUGCGAAAACUCAUUGGAAAGAAGAGGAACGAGAAAUAAUUUCCCACACAUGGAAAUUCCUAACCGUCACCAACGAAGAAAUCGCCGAAGAGGAUGAAUCCAUCGAUUGUCGAGAGUUGACGGAGACUACGAAUUUGCUAAAACCACGGUUCAGAUUUCUAUCUUCCUCGUUUCGAAAAAGCCACCGAGAAAGAAGUAGUGCUCGCGGGAAUAGCCACAUCACCGAAAAGCUGCCGGCCGGAAUACACAGUUACCCUUUCGAAUUAUUUUUACAAGGUAACCUGCCUGAAACCGUCACCACCGAUUUGGGCACGGUGUCUUAUUGUUUGUGCGCGAAGGCGACGAGGUCAAGGUUCAAACCGAACAUGACAUUGUGCCAACCAAUUGAAAUUCUACGCACCAUACCCGAUCACAUUAACGCUCAGGGUAUAGCAUUUUCCCGGGAAUUCAAUGACAUGGUAAUGUAUCUUUAUCAUUGUUUCAUCAUUAUUGAUUCCUUCGGUAAUUUCAUCAUGCCCGAGGAGCUGUCCUAUGAGAUCAGUAUACCCAAGAAAGGAUACCCAAUUGGACAAACCAUUCCGAUAGAAAUGAAGAUUUGUCCGUAUAUAAAAAGGCUUCGUGUGAACGGUGUGAAAGUGGAACUAGUGGAGAAGACCACCUACACCUCAAAUGAACAAAAGGUCACCGAUUCAAAAGUGGGUGCCACCAUAUCAUCGAACAAUUUCGAAGAGGAGAGGCUGAUCGACGACCACGAGGAUGGCGACGUCGGAAAUGUCACCUACUAUCAAGUCGUGAACUUUGCAAUACCCAAGUGCGCAUCGCCCAUUCAUUACUCUUGCGCCACACCUUUGAUCAGUGUGGCUCAUGAUUUGAAAUUCACCUUUGCGAUAACGCUUCCAAAUGUCCCUUUUAAUAAAGCGGAGCUUAAAAUCUGUGUGCCCAUCACCAUCUUGUCAUGCAAGGCCUUGGAGGAUUAUGUGGGAUUGCCUAGUUACGAAGAUGCCAACUCCUUUUGUCCGUGUGGUCCCGAAUAUAUGAGGAUGGCGAGACUGGUGCUGGGUGAGGAUGCCGGGGAGAUACUUAAAAAUGGAAGUUGCAAAUUCUUUGCCUCGUGUGGCGACAAUUUGGGUGAUGCAAAUGAGCAAUUUAAUGAUUGUUUAACGGCACCUGGCAAUCAUUAUGUCAAUCAUUUGUUGAAUCAUCAUCAGUCACCUCCCAGCUAUGAAGCUUCAAUAACCGAAAGUAUCGAUUAA